UUAAAAAAAAAUAUUUUAUGACAAUUUAUAUUACGUGUGAUUAAUAUUUGCCACAGACAUUAUCUAAAUCAUCAUCGUUUUUUAAAAAAAAUUUCAUAAAUGUUAUCAAAAUCAUCAUUGAUUUAUGGUAUCACUGAAACAUUUUAUAAUCGUUAUAAAAUCGUAGGGAAAUUUUUGGAUAAACAAGGAUCAUUUAAAACUAAUAAAUUUUUUUCAUCGACUUCUAUCAACAACAGCAAUAAUAAAUUUGCAUAUAAAAGUGACAAAAUUUUGUCAAAUAAUUUGUUUUUGAAAAAUAUAAUUUACCAUCGUAAUUUUCGUUCGUCAUCGUUUACUAUGGCUUCGACACAGAAAUCUUCUGAAUACAUUUAUACCAAUGAUACACCAGUUAUACAACUGGAAGCAACUAGUGCUUUUGAAGCUUUGACAGUUGGUGAGAAAAAAUAUGCUCAUUAUCUUUCGAAAGCAUCCUGGUUUGGAUCGUUGGCUGUUUUGUAUCAAACCUCACCAGAAUCGCCUCUGAUUUUUGCUUUGUUUCGACGACUUUUCGCAAUGGAAUCUUUCGAUCAGCUCAAAUCAGUCGCUAUGGAAAAAUGUGAAUUCAGCGAAGAAGAUUGGCGUUCAUUCUUGAUCUAUGUUGCUGCCUUUUAUUCGAACAUGGGCAACUAUCGUGGAUUUGGCGAUUCAAAGUUUAUCCCGAAUGUAUCGAAAAAUAAGCUUGACCGUUUGAUCAAAUCUUCUCAAGCUUAUCAGAAAGAUCCCAAAUUUAUGGAACUUGUUUGGAACAAUGUAUGUGACAAAAUAUUCUCAUUAAAUCCAGAUGAAUUGUCAUUGGGAUUUCAACCGGAUGGUACAACCACUUAUUGGUCGAAAAAUAUGACCGAAGAAGAUGAGAAAAUCGUGAAAAAAUUCUUGACCAUUAACGAUAUUGAAGCCUAUAAUACAAGAGCUUUAAAAGAUCCUAAAACCGGUCAAUAUGUUAUUCGGUUUGCAUCAAUUCGAUCAUCUUCAGAUCCAGAAGAACGUGAUUACAUUAAUAAGGUUAGCCAGUUAGAAAUGGAUGGACAUAGUUUUCGACUUGAACGAGGUGAUUAUUCACCUAUUCUCUCUUUGGUCAAUGAAAAUCUUAUCAAAGCUGGUGAUUGUGCCCAAAAUCAAACUGAACGUAAAAUGGUAGAAGAGUACGUACGACAUUUUCGUUCUGGCUCUUUAGACGCACACAAAGAAGGUUCACGACAUUGGAUAAAAGAUAAAAAGCCUAUUGUCGAAACAUAUAUUGGUUUCAUUGAAACAUAUCGUGAUCCGGCUGGUCAACGUGCUGAAUUCGAAGGUUUUGUUGCCAUUGUCAAUAAAGAAAUGUCGAAAAAAUUCACUUCAUUAGUUGACAAUGCUUCGCAAUUAUUGCCAUUGUUACCUUGGCCUAAAGAAUUUGAAAUGGAUCGAUUUCUUCAACCAGAUUUUACUUCGCUUGAUAUUCUUACGUUUUCUGGUUCUGGUGUGCCUGCAGGUAUCAACAUUCCUAAUUAUAAUGAAAUCAAACAAAACGAAGGCUUUAAAAAUGUAUCAUUGGGUAAUGUUAUUACUGCUUCAUUAAAAGCCACCAAACCAAAUUUUUUGAACGAUGAUGAUGCUAAAUUGUUGGAUAAAUAUCGUGUAGCAUCUUUUGAAAUAAUCGUUGGACUUCAUGAAUUGUUGGGUCAUGGCAGUGGCAAAUUAUUCAGAGCUGAUAAAGAUGGCAAACUAAAUUUUGAUCAAAACAAAACAAUUAAUCCAUUAACUGGAAAACCGGUGAAUAAAUGGUAUGAACAUGGUGAAUCAUAUGAUGGUAAAUUUGGUGCUGUAAGUUCAGCUUAUGAAGAAUGUCGAGCUGAAUGUGUUGGUCUUUAUCUAUCAUUAAAUUCUGACGUAUUGACUAUAUUUGGAUUCAAUGAUCAACAAGAGGCACAUAAUGCUGUUUAUGUUGCAUGGUUAGAAAUGGUACAAAAAGGUAUCGAAAGUCUUAAAAUGUACAAUCCGUCUGUGAAAAAAUGGCUUCAAGCACAUUCACAAGCCCGUUACGUAAUCACACGUGUGUUGUUGGAAUCAGCCAAAGAAAUGGUAUCCAUCGAUCAAAUCGAACAAUCACCAACUGAUGGAAAACCAGAUUUAUUAAUUAAUUUUACUCGAGAUCAUAAAUUAAUUGAAACUAAAGGUCGUAAAGCUAUUGGUGAUUUUCUAUUGAAACUACAGAUUUAUAAAUCAACUGGCGAUAAUGAAAGUGCUCAGAAAAUGUUUGAUUAUUAUUCAGCCGUUAACGAUGAUCUAGAAUAUCCUUAUUUGCGUUUCCGUGAUAUUGUUAUCGAUAGAAAAAAACCCCGACGUUUGUUUGUUGAAUCAUCAACCCAACUUGAUUCUGAUAAUGUUGGAUUGAAAUCAUUCGAAUCAAGCCCCGAAGGAUUGAUCAGUUCAUUUCAAGAACAUUUUUCCAAUGAUCAAGUAAACAUCGAAACAAUUUUGGUUGAUCUUUGGCAAAAAGAUCGAGACUAUUUUAACUAAUUGUAAUUGUUCAUUUGAUUUUGAAAAUUUUAAAUAAAUCAAUAAAUGAAUUUUUUAUACACU